AUGCGUCUUACCUUUGGAGAAGCAGCUGCAUUAUUGCUGAUUGCUUUACCAAGCUUGAUCUCAGCACUCCCAGUCAAUACGGGGGCAAAUGUAGAACAACUUGUUCCGCUUACUUUGAUGGACAAGAGAGCAGGAGGAGAAUUGGAGACUUUGAUUCCGAUUACGCAGUUUAGGAGGGAUGUGGAAGCUCUGGCUUCGUGGAUGGGGGAUCGGGAGAAGAGAUCGGAUGGAGAGGUGGAGGUGGAGGUGGAGGUUUUAGUGCCGGUUGGGGGGAGGGAUUUGGAGAAACUUGUUCCGAUUGUGGGGAGGGAUUUGGAGAGACUCGUUCCUAUCGUACCGAUUACGCCAAGGAAUCUAGAGAAGCUCGUUCCUGUUUCACCUGGCCAUUCGAAGAGAGAAUUGGAGAAACUUAUUCCGGGUACUCCUAGAGACGUAGGGGAAUUAGAGGAGAGAAAGACUAUUCCUCCUGUAGAUCAGUUAGAUCCUGGUUCGAUGGCUCCGGAUGCUAUUACAACUGUGGAGAAGAGAAAGACUAUUCCUCCUGCUGAUCAAUUAGACCCUGGAUCUGUCUCUCCAGACUCGAUUAAAAACAACGACAAAAGACAAGAAUACGCUCACACAAAGACUGUCCUUGCCACAGUCCUAGAAACCGUCACUGGCGGUGUUGGUAUUCCAGGAUAUCCCGCUACAGCAAUUAGUGAGAUUACAAGUGUACAUGUUUCAACUGUCACUCAUCUUCCAUCUACCGUUAUCGCUGUCGUAACAGCAAGUAUUUCGUCCAGCAUCGAUACUACUUGUACAGAGAGUACCACUUUUACUGGUCCAGGAAGCGUUAUUACCACUAUUCCUCUAUCCUCAAGCACCAAAGCGGCCAUCGCAACCACAACCCCUACAGGCAUCAAAACAGGAGUAACAAGUGCGCCAAUUAUCUCCCAUGGAGGAACUAGCACAAAAGAAAGUAUGAAGACAAGUGGAACAAUCACCAGUAAAGUCCACCCAUCUGGUUCCGCACCUGGUCCCGGAAAAGCACCAUCAGGAACCGGAGCAUUCGGGACGGGAAAAAAUGGUACUCAUUCUAUUGCUGCUGGAAGUUUCCAUCUUUCGGGCACAGGUGGUGUGAGUUCAAAGACGAGAACUACUUCUGCGAAACCAUCGGCUUCGGGCUCGGUUACGACGGUUGUCGAGUCGAGCACGACAAGAAUCUAUACUACCGUUAACGCGAGUGGAAGUGGAAAUGGAUCUCUCUCCAAAGCUACUACGAGUGCUACAUCGAGUAUUAAAGCAACUAAUGGAGGUACCAGUACCUCAGUCGUUGCAGCAGGACCCACUGAGGUCAAAUCUUCGAGCAGUAGUGGUGUGAAACUUAUUUCUACAUCUACAUCUACAUCCGCUAUUGGAUCUUCUACCCAUCCUGCUUCGGUGACUUCUUCGAGUAAAGCCAUAGGUGUGACGUCGAGCGCUCAUACUUCGAUUGUAACGAGUGAUAAGCUUACAAGUUCAAGUGUUAAAGCGUCGAGUACACUGGCGACUUCGGUCAAGGCUUCUAGUACCAAGGCAGCGGUGCCGGCGAUGACGAGUAAGAUUGUUUAUUCGGGGGUGCAGAAGGUGGAGCCUUUUAAGAUUUGA